AUGACCACAAUGAAGAAUCCUAAUACGUCGUCUUCUAAACUCGCUCUUCUUAGUCAUAUCAAAUAUGAACAUUUGGUAGCUGGAAUAUCUGGUGGUGUAACGUCGACUCUGAUCUUGCACCCUCUAGAUUUGAUCAAAAUUAGAUUCGCUGUAAAUGACGGCCGGACAGCGACAGUUCCGCGAUACGAUGGCCUCGGCAGCGCUUUCGUGACAAUUGUCAAGAAAGAAGGUGUCCGGGGUCUGUAUAGAGGAGUCACUCCUAAUGUCUGGGGUUCUGGUUCAGCUUGGGGCUUCUAUUUCUUAUUCUAUAAUGCAAUAAAAACAUGGAUUCAAGGCGGCAAUGCCCGGACGCCCCUAGGACCCGGCCUUCAUAUGCUAGCCGCGGCAGAGGCCGGGAUCCUCUCUUUGCUGAUGACAAACCCCAUUUGGGUGGUUAAAACCAGGCUCUGUCUGCAGUACAGCGAAGAGCAUGUAGCUGAUAACAAGAGAUAUAAAGGGAUGGUUGACGGACUUACUAAGAUUUAUCGGACAGAAGGCAUACGGGGUCUAUAUAGGGGUUUCGUUCCCGGCAUGUUUGGAGUAUCACAUGGCGCUCUACAAUUUAUGACAUAUGAAGAAAUGAAAAAUAGAUACAAUCAAUAUAGAAAUCUGCCCAUCGACAUCAAAUUGACGUCGGUAGAAUACCUGACGUUCGCGGCAGUGUCGAAGCUGCUAGCUGCGGGUGCAACGUACCCGUAUCAAGUGAUUCGCGCCCGUCUGCAGGAUCAGCACAGGGUUUACCAAGGGGCGUGGCACUGCGUCACUGAAACUUGGAGGCACGAGGGAUGGCGUGGUUUCUACAAGGGACUGAAACCGAAUUUGAUCCGUGUUGUCCCUGCAACAAUGAUUACUUUCCUAACAUACGAAAAUGUAUCGCAUUUUAUGCUUAAUCGAGGAAAAGAAAUAAAGAUAUCCUCCUAA